UUUUGGUAUUCCUUCUGCCACUUCAAUAAACAGUAAAAUGAUUCAAACUAAAUUAUUUGUCACUUUUCUCUUCCUUUUUGUGAUCUCCUGUGUAUCAGCUGCCUCUAGAACAGGUACUGAAACCAUCAAGGGCUUGGGAAAAAGAAAGCAACAAAUUUUAAAUAGUGGUGGUGGUGUAUAUGAUAUUGCUAUUGCUAUGCUUGAAACCACCAACCUGGGUACGGAUUAUGUUUAUGGUGACGGCAAGACCGGUGAUUCUGCCAACUUUGGUAUCUUUAAGCAAAAUUGGUUUAUGCUCCGUACCUCUACCUCUCAAUUUAAAAAGUACAACAAGAACAACUCCAACUUGGGUUCUGUCUUGAAUAAGCAUCUUGCUCAAGAUAUCAAGGCUAGACAGGAAUCUCAAAAGUUUUAUGGUCCUGAUAAAUGGUUUGCUGGUCAUCGUAACGGUGAAUCUGGUCUCAGUAACCCUUACACUGAAGACAUUACGGAUUAUAAGAAUGGUGUGAAUUGGAUUCAUAGUCAGCUUAUUAAAGAUAAAAAGUAUUUAUCUGAUGACACCAGAUUCUGGAUCUACGUCGUUCCCAUUUAAUUUACAUAGUUUUUCACUUUAUAAUAAAUUAAGCAUUUUAUCAUUAU